UAUUAUUCUAAAGGUCAGGGUCGGGUCAAUCAACUCGGGGGCGUGUUCAUAAACGGUCGACCGCUACCCAAUCACGUGCGACUAAAAAUCAUACAGCUCGCUUCUCAGGGCGUUCGACCGUGCGUGAUAAGUCGCAGUUUGCGUGUCAGCCACGGUUGCGUCAGUAAAAUCUUGCAGCGGUACCAAGAAACCGGCUCGAUAAGACCGGGUUCAAUUGCAAAUGGAGCCGGACCUGCUGGAGCUGGAAAACACAGGUUUUGUCACGUGCCGGAAACAGAAUUUAACCCAACACAACAAACAGCCAAACGAUCAACAACAUCCGGUCACUCAUUCUCCUCCUCCUCUUCCUCUUCCUCCUUCUCUCAAUCAUCAUUACCAGGAUCAGCGCCAACAUCGUUCCGCGACAACCACAGCCGCGACAACUACAGCCACAACAACCACAGCUGCAACAACCACAGUGACGACGAUAACGACGAUGACAUAUCAGUCAUGAAACUGAGUAGAAAACAGCGCCGAAACCGAACAACUUUUACCUCAGACCAGCUGGAGUUGCUCGAAAAAUCCUUCGAGCGAACGCACUACCCUGAUGUCUACACUAGGGAGGAUUUAGCCGCCAAAACCGGUUUUACCGAAGCUAGAAUCCAGGUAUGGUUCAGCAAUCGCAGAGCCAGGUGGAGGAAACAGCUGACCAGCGGUCAGCUGACUAGUUAUGACGUCAUCGUUACGUCACCAACGAACUUUAAUUUCGCUCAUCCGUUGCCUGCAAUAUACCGUAAGAUAUUUUCAUGUUUAUGCUUGUUGUUUGUUUGUUGUCUAUGUUUACGAUUUAUUUAA